AUGGAGGAACAAGAACUAAACAUUGAUUAUAAUAACAUUCUUGAGACUUUAAUAAAUACAUUUGGAAACGUAUUAAGUAAAGAUGUGUACAUCACAAUCAUUGAGAGCUGUGGAGGAGAUCUUCAACAAUCUGCAAAUGCUGUUAUGAGUAUUACUAUGGAUGGAAAUUAUGAUUCGGAAAAUAAUGAAGAAAGUACAGAGAGUAGAGCUUCAAAUGAUAAAAGUUCUCUUAUUGGUAAUCAAGCUACCUCAACUAUACAAAGUAUGCAGCCUGUAUCAAAUGUUUCCAGUACUUCUCACACAGCACCUUUCAAUACUGUAACUGUGAGUUCUUAUGCUGCAGCUUCCCAAAGCACUAGACCGCCCUUACAGCAAAUGCCUAAACCAACAAUGUCGGCAUCGAAUAUACCUCAAAAUUUUUGGACCAAUCAACUCAGGCAAAUUUUAGCGCAACAUGAAAAUGGUGCGCGCAUAUUAAUUAUCAUGAGAGGAGUACCCGGUAGUGGUAAGUCGUUCUUAGCCAAGAAAAUUAUAGAUGCCAUGUAUGGCAUAGAAUCGCAACACAAUUAUUACGUACAUAUUUUAAGUACUGAUCAUUUUUUUAUGCAAAGAGGUGUUUACGUAUUUAAUAAACAUAGACUUGGGGAUGCCCAUGCUUGGAAUCAAAAUAGAGCACGGAAGGCUAUGUCAGAAGGCACUAGCCCUAUAAUAAUUGAUAAUACUAAUAUUGAGUGUUUUGAAAUGGAAUCCUAUGUUGUCGAAGGGGUUAAAAAUGGAUAUAUUGUGGAAGUUGUAGAACCAAAUACACCAUGGGCAAGAAAGGCGAACCAACUUGUAAGGAGAAAUACCCACAAUGUUCCAAUACAUAAAAUUCGAAGAAUGUUAGAUAACUAUGAAAACGGUAUAACAGGUCCUGUUUUGAUGAAAAGAUUUAAUUGUUAUUAUGCACAUAGAAUGCAACCUCCUGUGUUAAGGAAUAAUCCGCCUAUUAUACAAAGAUCGCCUUUACUUUUAAAUCCAGUGCAAAGCGAAACAAGAAGUGCAAAUUUUGAAGAUAAUGCAGCAAAACAAAUACAAAAAAGAGAACUAUCUCAGGAAAUGGCGCAAUCUUCAACAUCUAAAACUCAUCUUAGUGAAAGCAUAUCUACAAUCAAUGUUGAAAAAGAAAGCGCAGUUGUAUGUGAGAAUAAAGAAUAUACAAACAGUGACGUAGAAAGGCAACAAAAUAGUGACACCAAUGAAACUGACCAAACAAGUGAAACUCAUGAUACAAAUCAAAUUGAUGAUACAAAUGAGGCAGAUGAAAGAGUUCAAGUAAAUGAAAAUUAUAAGUUUACUGAAAUCCAACGGACCUUGGAGGAAAUGGAAAGACUCGAAAAAGAAUGGGAAGCCAGUGAGGAUUGGGAGAAUAACUUGAAAAACAGCCCUAAAAAUGAUGAACAACCCAUAGAUUCAAAGCCUCAAAGAAAGAAUAAAAGGCCGCGUACUACGACCGCUGAAAAAUUAUUUCCUACUGCUGAGGAAUGUCGAGAUUGGAGUAAGAUAUCUAUGUUUUUACCAUCAUGGGAAGAAGGUAAUUCUUCUUCAGUAACCCAACAGGCUUCCCCAGUUAUAGAAAUAAACUCACGUGGAACUAUUGUUGAAGCAGGCGAUACUGAUGUUUCGAAUUUAAAACAUUCUUCUAAAAUAAUUACCGCUGUACCACGAGAUAUCAAUGAAUUUUACACGGCUUCAACCAAUAGUAAAAUUCCUGAAAAAUGGAUGCUUGAUAAAAGCACUUCUACUAAUAAUAAUGACCUUUUGACGGACAACCAUAGGUGUCAACAUGAAGAACAACAUUUUGAAUCGUUUAGAAAACUUUUUAAGUUUGUAGCGAGGGCAGAUCUACGAGAUAUUUUUGACAAUUGUUGCGGGGAUGUUAAUUGGGCAGUAGAUAUAGUUCUAGAUGGGGUGCAAAAUAAAAGACUUGGUACAGUUGAUGAAGGUGAUGAUAUUUCUGAUACAGAUGAGACACAUAAUGUUGAUCUUUGUCAAUGUUUAUCAGCUUAUGGUAUUUUACCGGGUAACAACGAGCCAAUAUCCAUAAACCGGCAAACAGAUUCUGAGAAUUCAGAUAAAACACCUUCACCUUCAUUACAAAUGAGAAAAAUUAAAAAAGAUGCUGUUGUAUCAGAAGCUUCAAUGGAAUUGAAGCGGCAGAUAGAGCAGAAUGUCGUUAUACCUGAUAGCCACUACUCACAACAUUGCUUAAAGAUACGUAAAAUUCGUCGUUGUGAAGACGAUAGUCAAGAAAACGUGAACAUCGAAAAGACUACCCUCGAAAAUUCGAACCAACCACCUGUCGAAAGUAAUAUAAUACAAAUACCAAGUGCGUCAGGAAAUCGAGAAUUGGUAGUUGAUACUAAUAACUCCGUCGUGCCUAGUACAUCUAAAGCAGAUAAUACAGAAAUUAGUGACGACGAGUCCUACGUUGGUUUAGAGGAUGUGGAGAAAACAGUAAAUAUUAAUCUGGGAAAGGAAUUUAUUGCUCAGCUUGAUCAAUUGUUUGGUCGUAAUAUGGAAUAUCCAGCAAAUGUUAAUGCUAGAAUAAACAUGCCUAUGUCAUUAUUAAACGAAAUAAAUGCUUUAUGGAUGGAGUCUCUAAUGCAUCAGUUAGAAGAGGACGCAAAACAGUCCGAACUAAUGAUUCAACAAGAUGAAGAGUUUGCAAGGCAAUUAGCAAUGAAAGAAGCUGAACUCAGUCAAGCAGGUAAAGAACCGGAAGUGCCUGAUUUUAAAGAAAUAAUGGAUAUGGACUUUGCUCUUUCAUUGUAUCACAAAGAUGUUGCUGAAUUGCGUAAGAGCAAACCUCAGGACUUAGCUGCAAAACUUUCGCGAGACAAAUUAAAUAAUCUGUUUCCAGAUAUACCCCCCGACAUAUUGUCUGAAUUGCUUCAAGCUCACGAAGAAAACUUCCUAGCCACUGUUGAGGUAUUAUUGAUGUCCACUGGAAAAACCGACGUUCUUGAUGAUAAAGAUGGAGUUAGUAAAUUUGUUAUGAAAAAGGAAUUUGAGAGGCAACAAGAGAAGCUAGCUCUAGAAGAGAAAAAGACAUUGUCAGAGGUCGAAUGGCCAUUGCUACCGAAAGGGGAAAAAGUGGAGAUGUCGCAUGUGAAACAGUUUAGAGAUGAAGCGGAUGCGCAUUUGCAAACUAGGAAUGUACAUUAUCAAAAGGCCCAAGAAUAUAUAAGGCGUGGUAUGACCCAAGUAGCAACAUACUAUUGUGAAGUUGCCGCGUACCAUAAGAGAAAAUACGAGCAAGCUAACAGUUUGGCUGCGGCUUCCCUUAUACAAGUACACGCAGCAAAUAGUUCUGACAAUGCUACAAUAGACCUCCACUAUCUAAGAGUUGCAGAAGCCAGGGAAACCCUGGAUUUGUUCCUGGAUUCCCAUAUCCAGAAGCUUAGGGAGGCCCAGGACAGUAAUAUUAGAGUACAACAUCACACGUUGUUCCUUAUAACUGGACGGGGAUUGCACAGUAAUGGCCGACCCAGGGUCAAGCCGGCGGUCAAGCGAAGGCUGCGUGAGCGGGGUUUGCUCUUUUGCGAGCGAAACCCCGGCUUGUUACAAGCCCGGGUCUCAGCUGAUGACAGACUUUCGUAUCAGAUUGCU